AUGCGCCUGCGUGUUAGUUUGUCUAAGACGCCAGAAGGAAGUGUGCCAGACUACCGGAAGGAAGUGUGCCAGACUACCGGAAGGAAGUGUGCCAGACUACCGGAAGAAAGUGUGCCAGAGUACCGAAAGGAAGUGUGCCGAACUACCGGAAGAAAGUUUGCCAAAGUGCCGAAAGAAAGUGUGCCAGACUACCUGAAGAAAGUUUGCCAAAGUGCCGAAAGCAAGUGUGCCAGACUAACUGAAGCAAGCGUUACAGACUACCGGAAGGACGUCAUGAUGCUCGUCGUCCUCGUCGUCGGCGUCGACUGCCUGCCGACGGUGAGCGAGGCGGUCGUCUGUUCGAUCACCAUCGCCGUCGUCGUCUACCUUCUCGUCUGCAUCACGUCGCCGCUCGCCUGCCGACCGACGCUGCACUGCAAGCCGUCCAGCCUUGCCGCCUACCUACUGAAGCGCUGUCCGCGGCUGCGCCGACAGUUCCGGCCGACGUUCUGGGCGGCCAACGCGCACGCGCAGACGCUACUCGGCGCCGUGAUGCCACGCGCCGACGGCGUCUACUUCCGGCGCGAGUUCCUGCAGAUGCGCGACCACGGCGUCGUCUCGCUCGACUGGGCGGGCGUCGUCGGCCACGCCGACACCUACCAGCGACACACGCCCGUCGUCAUCGUGCUGCCGACGCUGACCGGAAGCGCGGCGACGAUGUCGGCGCUGUGCGCGCUCGUGCUGGCGCGUCACUUCCGCUGUGCGGUGUUUAACCGACGCGGCUGCGCGCGCACGCCGCUGGCGACGCCUCGCCUGCAGUCGUACGGCGACACGGCCGACCUCCGGCAGGUGCUGAAGUACCUGCGCGCCCUCUACCCGCGAGCUAAGAUCUCUAGCGUUGGCGCGGGCGCCGGGGCCGGACUACUCAUCUCUUACCUGGGCGACUACGGGUCGUCGUCCUACCUGACGGCGGCCGUGUGCGUGUCCCCGCCGCUAGAUGGCGACACGGUGCGCGUCGCGCAGCCCUACCAGCGUCUGCUGCUCGCCGACGCUCAGCUGCGCGUCGCUCGCUACGCGUCGGCGUUCUCCGCCGUCGCCGACGUCCAGCGGCUGCUCGCGUGCGCGUCGCUCGACGAGUUCGAGUGUCGGCUGCACGGCUACGCGUCGCCCGACGACUACUGGGAGCGCAACGCCCCCUUGCGGGACGUCGACGACGUGUCGGUGCCCGUGCUGUGUGUGAAGAGCUUGGACGACCCGCUGUCGCCGGCCGCCGCGCUGCCGUACGAUCUAUUCCGCAUCUACCCGAACCUGUUUCUCGUGACGACCGCCAGGGGCGGGCACUGCGGCUUCUGGGAGCGCGUGGCGCCACGACCGUGGGCCUACCUGCUGGCGAUGGACUACAUAGAAGGCGUGAUGGAGUUUACGUCGACGGGAGAGAGCGACUGCUAGCGCAGCCGACGACGUGUGGUCAAACAGCUCAGCCGACGA